UUCGAAUUCUUUCGAACACGUAACACGGGUGUGCAUUGAAACAGCAAAAUAAAAAAACAAAGCGAAAAAAUGUCCAGCAACGACAGCACGCCGCUGAACAGCCCGCGGAAAAUCUUCGGAAAAACCGCCACGCUCGACAAUAAUGCAAUGCUGGAGUAUGAGAUGAACAAAAAUCUAGACGCCAAGUUCCGCGAAAAAGCAGACAAGGAGCUAGGCGAAACGGGUGGUGAGCUGACGUACACGAAAAUCCGCCAGCUCCGGCAGCAGCUCAACAUCUACAACGAGAACCACCAGAGGGUCCUCGGUUGUCGGCGGGAUGAUUCGUUUCUGCUGCGGUUUUUACGCGCUAAAAAGUUCGACGUUGAGAAAGCAUUCAAAAUGAUGCAAAAGUACUACAAAAUGAAAGAGGAGUACCCGGAAAUAUUCAAGGUGUCCCCACCGUCCGAGAUGAAGUUCAUGCUAGAGAUGCAAAUCCAGACGAUGUUGCCGAAACAGGACGAACAUGGACGACAGAUCUACCUGUUUCGAGUGGAGAAAUGCGACCCGUACAAGAUCCCGGUAGAUUACGUGUUUCGCAGUAACGUGUUGGCACUGGAGGACGCCGUUCGGAGCCCGGAGGUCCAGAUCGGAGGUUUGGUGGUCCUGCUGGAUAUGGCUGGUCUCGGGUUUGCUCAUGCUCGCUAUCUUUCGCCUCAUCUAGCGAAGAAGACGGUUGAGGUGGUGCAGGAAGCGUUUCCACUGCGGUUCAAAGCGUUCCACGUGCUUCACGAACCGUUCUAUUUCGAUGCCAUUCUUGCCGUGCUGAAACCAUUCCUCAAGGAUAAAAUUCGACGCAGGAUACACCUUCAUGGAAAUAGCCUGAGCUCGCUACAUAAGUACGUUUCAAAGGAUCUGCUUCCGGUGGAGUAUGGAGGCAACCUGGGUCCAUUCGAUAACACCGAAUGGCGCCAGACAAUACUGGACAACGAGCAGUACUUCAUCGAUCUAGAGACGUACAACCAUCUCUCGGAGAGUUGCUAUCAGCUGGGGACAGCCAAUGGGGGUGAUGGCGAUACAGAGAGCAUCGACAGCUUGCAGUUCGGAGACACGGAAACCGAGGAUAGCGAGUUUGACGAGGAUGAUCGGCGUGUCCUGAGCCCGAAAAGGAACGCACGCUCGGUGCAGAACAUUGAGGAGAUCUUCCUGAAAAACGGCUUCGACGGGAUCGGGCCAACUGUAGCCCGGGUGGAGCUGGAGAAGGAGGUAGAAGAGUUGAAGUAGACCGGAAAUGGAUGUUGUCCUCGUGCUUGUGAGCUUUAAAGUACAACUGAUCAGCACGAGCAACGGAACAUGGCGGCAUCCUAGGAUGAAGAAGCCCGUAACGCUUAAAGAGCACCAAAAGUAUUAUGCUACAUGUAAUGCGAAACUAGAUGAGCCUUCGCGAACCCAAAGCCACCCUUCUGUUCUGCAUGCUUUCGUUUUCGAGAGAAGUACCGUCGGGAUGACGCAAACAAAACGAUCACACAAAUAAAAAGACUCAGGCAAAUGUCGACAGCAGCUACUGGAUUGAGCUUCAUGCACGCGUGCAGAGGUUGAUGGUACUAGACAGCUAGCUUUACAUGUGAUAGAGACUAGGGAUAGCCAACUGCAAACCUAGAAGCAGCCUGUACGAUAAGACAUAGAGUUAAUUAUAGUCAAUUUAAAAAUGGUUAUAUAUUAAGGUUACCCAGACCAUCUAAUCACGAAUGGAGGGCAAUGAAGACAUAGUAAAAGUACCUGUCGGCCCCGACUACGAAUGGGUGACGUGCUCAGUUUUUGCCUCGGAAAACUUGAAUUGACAAAGAGUUUAUAAUUUGAUCAAAAAAUGCUCCAACUUGCGCUGCAAUGUGAAAGGAAAGUUGCCCGAGGCCGUUGCGAGAGAGUAUAAAAAAUUUUAAAAUUUUGUUCGGGCGUGAGGAAGGAAACUCGUUACACGAUAGUCAAUUUAGCGUAAGUGCCACUGCUGCAAAAAGUUAUUCCAUAUAGCAAAUAUCUUCCACUAGGAAACAUACACACAUUCAUACAAAAAAUUGUACAACAAGCACAACGUAGCAAUACGUUCCACCCGCCCCGUAAACAACUGUUACAAACAAUCAAACGAUAGCAAGAGUUAGGAAAUGCCGUUCAUAUUUAGCUAGAGCCUGUUUGCUAUUUACAUUCAGCCCUGAUAAACUUACAUGGAGCUAGCGAGAACGAAAUAGACGAAUUCGCAAUAUUAAAUCAAACUCUACUACGACUAGCGAUUGUUGAUUGACAUUUUGGUGUAUUAUAACAAAAUGAAAUUGUCCGAUGCAAAUAAAAU